UACAGAUAUACAAUGAAGAGAUCAUUGGCACCAUCAUCAUUAUAUGAAAAGAAACAAAAGACAGAACAUUUACCAUCAUUGGAGAACUUGUUGGAUCAACAACAACAGUUGAUGGAAGCAAUGACAAAGAAGAGCAGAAAGAAACAGGCACCAAUGAGGCCAAUCAAUCAUUUAGAGUUGUUCAAUGUUACAAUGGGCAAGACAAAGUUGUCAUCAGAGGAUGACGAUGCAGCCGCAUCCACAUCGGCAGCGGGACCAAUCAGCAUUGCUGACGAGGAUCGCAAGGGCAAGAACGUGGUGAUGCAACUCGACUCACCGCCACUCUACUAUCUAUGUAACUACAAGAACAUUCAAAAGGCGGGCGACGACGGCAUGGCCAUCCUCGAGGUCACCUAUGACGCCGUGGUCGUCAUCUCGAUGGAGGGCAAGCAGAUUGGUCGCGCAACACUCACUCGCAUGGGCGCCACAGACGACGACGAAGGCGGUGGCGGCAAGAUACAAAAGGUGUUGAUCAAGAAGAAGGAGGUCUACUUUCAAGAGGACUUCACAAUGACUAUCGGCAACAAAUGGGUCAAGAUAUUGAUCACCGUUCUGGAGGACGAGUACAAAAAGGGCACGAUCUUCCUCAAGACUGACAUGAUCGUGCAGACGCGCAAGGAGGAAGCCAAGGGCGAGAAGAAGCUCAAGUUCAGACUGUCGGCGGCGGCCAAGCCCAAGGGCUUUGUCGUGCCCCUCAAAGGUCUGGAGAAGGUGAAGCGUCUGACAAAGCCGCUGCACAACCCAUACUCGCCCAACGCCGUCGUCCUCUACCAGCCCAAGGAUCAACUGGGCGAGAACAACAUACCCGUUGUGGUCGACCCCAUCCUGGCCGCCAAGCUGCGACCUCAUCAGCGAAUCGGUGUUCAGUUCAUGUUUGAUUGUCUUGCUGGAUUCCGCGGCAACUUUGGCAAUGGCUGUAUCUUGGCCGAUGACAUGGGUCUUGGAAAGACCAUUCAAGCCAUCACGAUCCUUUGGACGCUGCUCAAGCAGGGUAUCCGCGGCGAGCCCACCAGCAGGAAGGCGGUCAUCGUGGCACCAGCCGGUUUGGUCAGGAACUGGUGUCAGGAGUUGCAAAAGUGGUUGGGCGACGGCAUCAAGCCUGUGGCCAUUGGUCAGUCCACCAAGCUGGGUCUGGCCAAGCUGGCCGAGCUCGAGCUGGGCAAGUCCGACGUGCUGGUCAUCUCGUACGAUCAGCUGAGGAUUUGGAUACACGAGAUCGUUAAGAUCGACUCGAUCGGCCUGAUCAUCUGUGACGAGGGUCACAGGAUGAAGAACGCCGACGCCAAGUCCACACAGGCCGUCAACAUGAUCCCAACCAAGCGUCGUGUGAUCCUCUCCGGUACACCCAUCCAGAAUAACCUCACUGAAUUCUACGCCAUGGUCAACUUUGUCAAUCCAGGCGUACUCGGUUCCGUCUCCACUUUCAACAAUGUAUAUAACGCGCCCAUCCUCGCUUCACGUCUUCCCGACGCCACAUCAGAGGACAAAAGACUUGGAAGAGAGAGAUCAUUGGCCUUGACAAGACUUACCCAACAGUUCAUUUUAAGAAGAACGGCUGCAGUCAACACUCAAUACUUGCCAAAGAAGACAGAGUAUACGGUGUUCUGUGAGUUGACACCAUUGCAAAAGACAUUGUAUAAGCAUUUGAUUGAGGCAGUCAAGGCCAGACAGUUUGGAUCAUUCACUGGCGCACUACCACUGAUCACUACGCUAAAGAAGUUGUCAAACUGCCCCGAACUGAUAUAUAUGGCCGACAAUGACAAGGAGGAUCCGGUGGAUCGCGAGCUCGCCGACUCUGUGAUGAAGCAGUUCCCCAAGGAGUUCAAUCUCAACAACUUCCAGCCACAAUUCUCUGGCAAGCUGCAGUUCCUCGACAUCCUGCUGCAGCAGAUCAAGUCCAGGACCAAGGACCGCGUCGUGGUCAUCUCCAACUACACACAGACACUCACCGUGCUCGCCAAGAUGUGCAAGGUGAGGAAGUAUGAGUUCUUCCAACUGGACGGCUCGACGCCCAUCCAGCGACGUCAGGAGCUGGUCAACUUGUUCAACAACCCAGCCAACCCGCAGUUCAUCUUCUUGCUCAGUUCCAAGGCCGGUGGUAUUGGUCUCAACUUGAUUGGUGCCAAUCAUUUGGUGCUGUUCGACCCCGAUUGGAACCCGGCCAACGACGCACAGGCCAUGGCCAGAGUGUGGAGAGAGGGCCAGAAGAAACCCGUAUCAAUCUAUCGCACGCUCUCGACCGGCACGAUCGAGGAGAAGAUCUAUCAGCGCCAGAUCACCAAGAUGGCGCUGUCGGUCAGUGUCGUCGAGGGAGACUCUGACAAUGCGCCAUCCUUCGAUCAGAAGGACCUCAAGGACAUCUUUAAUCUGCGUGAGGAUACUAUUUGCGAUACUCACGACAUGCUUGGAGUAUGCCACUGUGGCGCGCGACGUCCCACAGAGCGCGUCCAAAAGUUCAAGCGAGACACGAUGUGUCUGACCGAGUUGGCCGACUACAAACACUACCACGACAUGUCCACCAUCCCAGACAAGAUGCUGAGUGCCGCGUGCACUGGAACAACCUCAUUUGUCUUUGCAAAUGACAAGCCACCAGUUGUCAAAGAGCGCAAGAAGAUCACAGAGUGCGGUGCCGAGGAAGAAGAGAUUGUCCUGGAUGGUCCCCCCGCACGCUCCUCUCAAGCAGACUCCAGCUCAUCCAAAGAUGAACUGGACACUGACGACGUUGAUGGAAACUUUACCAAAGAUGAGCAUGACUAUGAAGCAGACUCUGACUCUUUGUCUUCAGAGGAUGAAGACUCUGAUUGA